AUGUACACUGUGUGUGUGUGAUUGUGUGUGUGUGUGUGUGUGUGUGUGUGAGAGAGAGAGAGAGAGAGAGAGCACUUCCAUCGACAGGAUCAGCGAUGGAAAUAUACACUGUGUGUGUGUGUGUGUGUGUGUGUGUGUGAGAGAGAGAGAGAGAGAGAGAGAGAGAGAGAGAGAGAGAGAGUCUUCCAUGGAUUGGUCGACCGACGCAGCGGCUGAGCAAUGCAGCGGCCAACAGGUAAGUCUCCAGCCAACAGGGGUUGGGAUCUCGAUGGAAGCUGAGGUCGGUGUUGAGUCUGAUAGCGAGGGAAUAAUGGAGGUGCUACCCCAAACCAUUGUUGCCAGUGUACAGGGAUCUGAUCCGACAAGCCACUCGGACGAGGCGGUGGGCAAUUUGACUGAGACUGAAGCUUUCACCGAGCUGCAUGCAGGGGAUACCAUGCAUCCACUGGACGAGCUGCAGCCAUUCGUGAGCGAUGGGGUCGGGCAUGCUGUAGAUGAUCCUCUAGAAGCUACAGUCAGAAGCACACGGAGCGUUGCCGACGUCGAUGACCUUGACGACAUAUCGAUAUGCUCAGAAGCGGAUGAGCUCCCUGUUCCUGUCUAUGAGGAGCGAUGCGCCCGUGGUGAGAGCACAGCCGAGCUCGAGGAAGCAUGCCCCCAAAGAGAUGGUGGUGAUGAAACCCCUCUGUCAGAUGCCUCGUGUUUAAAUGAACGACUGCUUGGCACCGAUGCCGAUGCUCGGCCAGCUAUGCUAGAUAACAAUAUGGAAGAACCAUUUUCGCCUGGUCAGGUGUCAUCAGACUCGUCACCCUUGGAGAGCACAUCCCUUCCUUGUGGCGAGGGGGGUUAUCGUUUUGACGAACCGGACAUGUCUGCAGUGAUGCAAGUGGGUUCCGCUAAAGUGAGGCCAGAAAGUGGUGUUAGCCCGCAACAUGAGGACGGUGAAGGUCUAGAGAACGGACACGAUGAGACAAUGAUGGUUCAAUCUCCUGACAAUGGAUCGGACCGUGGAUCCUUGGGUACAGGCUGUACAGCAGAUGCUGCUGUGAUGCCGGGGGCUGCGGAUGGGUCCCCUCGGUGGGUUGCAAUGAUAGUGGAGACAGAGGCGGCGGAGUCAGAAGAAAGGAUGGUGAUGGCAGCAGCAGUGAAAGAAACCGUGGGGAAGACACUGCACAUGGCAGCAGCAGUGAAAGAAACCGUGGGGAAGACACUGCACGAACCCCAGGAGGAAACACUGGACAUUCACGAAAGCCAUGAUGAUGACCCGCAGCCGCAGCAUUCUAUCCAGAACACAGCUGGCUCUACGGAGCAGCAAAGCUGCGUCGAUACUGCCUCUCGCAUAACGGAAGACGAUUGUAAAGAGGAGACAGCACAUGAGGGCUCUGUUUCUGACAAACCGGGGGCCAGAUCUGAGCUGGAAGGGAGCAGUCAAAAUCCUCCUGAUCCUUCAGAAGGUGGUGCAUGUCUAGAUAACCACCUAACGUCUCGGAGUAUUGUAGUAGGUGGUGGUAAUGACGAUUCCAUCGGCUUUCGGCCUGUUGUCGGUGAUUCGCUUACGAUACGAGAACUGCCGUCAGGGGUCACCGAUCGAGUCGAUGCGAUCACAGCAGUCGAGGACGAGGGAUCGUAUGUGGAGGGAGGGAGUGAUGCUGGCUCUUCCGUUUCCCCCUCCUUGAAUAACCGAUCUUGCCACGAUGUGGAACAUGAUUCAGCACCAGAUGAGGCUCUCCCUGUUUCUGAUGGGAUGGAUGUUUCACGCUUGCAUCGUCAGAGUAGUGGAGGUGGUCAGGAUGACCUGCAAGUGGAGGACCAACUGCUGACAACUGACUGCAUGGAGUCGUCUCUCUGGGAUGAACUUGAUCAGAGGGUGUCGGUCACAAUGGAGCGGGCGGAAUCUUUCUCCCAGCUGCUAGAGUCGGAGUUAGAGCAAGGCGGGGAGGUGCUGCUUUCUUCGUUGGAGAGGGAGGGCUCUUUGGAUGCCCGACGUCUUCAUCCAUUUUUUGCGCAGAGAGAGUCGCUUGAUGAAGGAGAUGACAACUGUGGAGGUAGCGAUGGAUGUGUGGUUUCUUCCGUUGGUGCGAUUGGUACCGAGCUCCCUGAUGGUAUGGCAUCAAGGGAUCAGGGGGGGGCGUUCGUCUCGGCCCCAGAUGCACUAAAUGAGAAUGGACUGAGAAGUGACGCAUGUUCACAAGAGGAGGCUUGGGAGUCGAGUGACUUAUGGGAUCUUGAUUCUCCAGAAGGUCCAUCAGAGGAAGGAGAGGAGUUGUGCAGACAGGAGCGUGGACGCCUGUCCAGUGACUAUGGACUUGAGUUCUCUCCUGCACCUUGCGAUCAUUCUCCAUCUCCGAAGCAGAGAAGAAGCCGGCGAAGAUCGCAUCGGAAGAAUGCCGUUGACGAUAUCGAUGAGGUGCUUGAUGGGUUCUUGGAGAGUUGUCAUAAGCAGUCUUUCACCGAGGAGUUUCCGACAGGUGACGCACUAAGGUUGAGUAGAUGUGACGCUGAGGGCCAGUACGGUCUCAAAUGGGAAGGAACGGAACUUGCAGCGUCAGAUACGUUCUUCGUGCGUAGUUCUAAAGAUAACUGCACACACUCUCAUGUUGAGGGGUUAAGAGGAAAUUAUAGAUACGGUGGACCGUACGAGCUGCAUGAGGAAAGUUGUAGCGAACUUGAUCUCGACGAUGAGAAGUUGGAAGACGAGGAUAGGUCCAAUGAGGAGGAAGCGGAAGCAGAGGACUUGGAGGGUAGGGAACCGGAGGUGCUGCGGGAGCAAGGAGGCGAGGGCAGCCAGGAAAUGCCGACUACGACCAGCAUAGAGAAUGGAAAGGGGGAGAAUGAGAGUUGGGGGGAGGGGAGAGAAGAGGAGGGACGGGAGUGGGAAGAGGUGAAAGUGGAGGACUCGAGGAAGUGGGAGGAUAGGAGUAUGUCUGCGGUGAUGCCGACGGUUCUGGACGGCAGGAAAAGGAGGAGGAGGGAGAAGGACAAGAGAUGCGACAGUGAGAAGAAGUAUGCAGAGGAUUACUUUCACAAAGCCGAUGUGAGUCGUUUUAGUAUCUGUUCCACUAGCAGUCGACAGUCGUCGGAAAAAACUCCUGUUAGACGAGUUCGACAGAAGGGGGGAAAGUUUUCUGGGGACGUGCGGGGAAGCAGCAAAGGGGAGAAAGAAUUGAGGAGGAGUUUGUGUAGAGAAAGCGGAACGAGGGUCUCAAAGCCAAAGCACCGCCAUUCGAAAAGCCUCGACUCCUCUGUUCCGGAACGGUGCAAUGGUGUGUCAUCUGCUGUGAAGCUUAAGGAGGAAAAGGAAGGUGUGGAGGCUUGGAGAAACACAGUGAGAGAGAACAUCCGCCACCACCAGCGCAGUGCCACUCUUGGACCUGAUGUCAUGGUAAAGCCGGGUGGAACGGGGAGCAGAAGGAAAGCGAAAAACGAUCGAGGAUCGUUGCUCAGCUCCAGUCUUUGUGGCGCGUUGACCGUCUGGUCCUCUCAAUUCAAACGACAGAUAGAUGCAGAGGUGGCCCGGCGCAUCACGAAGGAACCAAUCGCUGUGCGAGAUGACAUGGGUGGCGAAAGCACAAUGAUUGCCCUUCACAAUAUGGUCAGCAAAGGAAGCGUCAGGAUGGAAAAGAGUGGGGAUGAAGCGAUGGACAACGAGUGGGUUGCUAGUGGGCAUGCAAGGAUGGGAGGAGGGGUGGAUCCAGACGAUUUGAGGAGGAGGCUAGAGAUAGUGGCAGCAGAUAGACGGACUGACAAAAGGAAGGGGAGGGGGGAGGAUUUUGAAUGUGAUACCGAUGAUGACUGGGCAGUGCAAAGAGCACAGGAUCAUCAUCUUGAUGAAAGCGUAACUCAGGAGUGGGAUCGGUUGUGUGACGAGUUGUUUGAGGACAUAAUGAUAGACAAAGGCCGGAAAUGGGCUGACAAAGGCGUGGUCUACAAUACCGAAGGUAACGAUGAUAAGCAGGGGACGCAUGGCGCUGCAACGUUGCAGCGAGACGCCGGUGGGAAAACAACCCAGUCGAGGGAUUGGAAGAGUUUAGGGCGUGGUGCGACCGGAGAAACACUUUGGCAGUCUCAAGGCAACAAGGAGGAGAUUAUGAGUAGGGGGAGUUCCAUUUCUACGCCACCUAAUAAUUCUCACAAGGAGGUGGCGGUCCGAGAUCUGCCCCUACCCCUCUCUUGGGGGAUGAAGCUUGCGAAUUCAGGGGUAGCCACCACAUUAGCAGUCAUCGGAGGACUUGCCCUUCUCAUCUUAAAGAAGCGGUCAUCAGUUCGCCCACGCCGAACGGUGAAGGUAGCGAGAAGAUGAUCUGUGUGCGUGGCGGAGAAGGGCCAGCAGCAGCAUACACCACCGCCAACGGCAAAAAGCGCCAGAUGUAAUCAGCUUCCGCUGUCGGGUGUAGUGUGGAGUUCUGUGUAACAAUGGUCAGAUAGAUGGAUGGUCGGGCGAUGGACAUCUGCGUUAAAGAGUUGGGAUUGCUUCUAAGUCCUUGCAGCAUUCCUCGUGGGAGUAACCUUCGGUCUGUAGGAGCCUAGGAGGUAGUUUUCCCCCCUUCCCUUCUAAGUUCUCUCCAAUUGUAUGUGUGUUCUCAUCAGGUAGGUAGGUAGUUUUUUAACUCUUUUUAUGAAGGGAAGGGGGGGAAACAACAGUGUGAGAAAAAGGGAGGCGCAGGAGGCCCAAUAGAGAAUGAGCGAAUGCGCCUGAGACGAGAGGAAGCAACAGUGAUCAGGGACGACUUGCUGAACAGGGUAGCAGUGAGGAGGGAGGAGGGACGGAGGGAGGAGGAGGAAGGAGGGAGGAGGGAGGAGGGACGGAGUUCUCCGUUGUUGUUUUUUUCAGUGUAAUGAAGGUGAUGUUAUGACCGGUUGUGAUUGCAAGGGGAGCAGAUGGGCAAUGCAUGGCUGGUUAUGGGAGAUAGCAAUGGCUGAGGACAAGAAAGAGGUCAUGUGCAAGGCAUGAACUCCUUUGCAGGAAAAGAACAGCGAGCCGUCGGAAUGAGAGGAAGGUGCGAUUGGAGAGAAGAAGGAUGACCAACAAGAGCAGAAAGGGUGUCACGGCAAAGGGGUAAACUAGCGGGCAAGGAAGGAUGUCAACGUGCGGUGAAGGAAUGAUGCAAGGGCCAUAAAAGAGGAGAGAGCUGCUGGCGAAGUGAUGACGGACAGUAAUGAAACUCCUUCGGUUGAUACUCACUUGGAAAUGGAGGUCUGUUGCUGAGGAAGAAUCAAACGGGGGGCGCUCACAGGGGGCAGGAGGAACCUCGGUUGUCAGGAAAUGGAACGCGUUCAGUGCACCAAAGAGCAAGGAGAGUGGGGAACGACAGAUCGACAAGAGAGACUGGAAGACCAAUGGGAGAGGCAAUGGAAGGAAGAGGACGCGUAAACCACCACUACCUUUCAGACCGGAAGGGUAGAAGUAAUUAUAACCUACACCGCAUUCUUCGGAGGGCGGGCGCCACUGGGCCCAAAUGGCUGACGGCGCCAGCCAAAGUAAAGGUAAAGAAAAAAGGUCGCGCUGGCGCUUCGGCAAAGCUUGGUGUGCAGUCCUACUCCGCGUUGGCGAAAAGAGGCUCGAAGGUAGUGGUGGUUUAAGGAAGACAAGCUGUGAAAUGGCGACUGCAAACGGUGAACCGGCGACUGCGGGGGUUUAUGCACCUGGGGAAGCAUAUACAUAUAUAUCUAGAUAUAUAUGUGUGCGUGUGCGUGUGUGUGUGUGUGUGUGUGUGUGUGUGUGUGUGUGUGUGUGUGUGUGUGUGUGUGCCCCUCUCGAACUGGGCGGUUUUGCGAGGAGAAAAAAAAACCCUUUUACUUAUUCAUCAUUCUGAAAGAAUCGGAAUCAUUCAUUCAUUUAAUUAUUGUGAAUUGCUAGGUUACAGAAACCCCAUCUGUUGUUCUCAAGAUCAGUGCUUUGAUAAUGACAAAGCAGGAUCGACCAGAUACAGAUAACACAUGGGGUGAUGACAUGCAACAUGACAGAGGGGGAAGGGAACAAAUGACUGUUUGUGUGAGCGGCGAGCACACAUGGUGUCAGUUGGCGUGUGAAUAACGUACUUGGUCUGUGUGUGCCAAGUUUGGUGUUUGUUGGGGUCUUGGAGUUCACUGUUUUGGCCAGCCCUGAAAAAUCCUAAAAAUCCUUUUUUUUUUUUUUUUUUUUUUUUCACACACAAACGUGGGCAUCCGCAUAUGAGCGUGUUUGCAACACCAAUUCAAACACAUGUAGCCAUGAACACCAGCUAUGCCCUUGCUUGGCCCCGCUGGGAUUUUCUGCCGUCUCCUCUUCCCUCUGCUCCCUGCUGCGUCCUCGCAGUCAAUUGUUCAGUGAAGCCGUUGAGCUUUGACAGUCAAGAAAGUUCCCCUCCUUGUUGAAGACACAAAUGAUGUGCUUUUGUGCGCUUUGCAUUGUCUUUCGCAUCAGUAAGCACAUGGCCAUUGUGCAGGUCAGGCACUCGUAGUUUCUGCAAGUAGGAGCCUGAAUUGUUUGGACUCUGUCUUUGGAGAGACAAGUCCUUAAAAGACCGGUAUGGAACCCCUUCAAAAUGCCUUUCUGGACUGAAGCAGUCCCACAUAUUCCCCUGCUAGAGUGGCAUUCAUAGAAGUUUCUAUGAAUCGGUUCUGCGGCUCAGUCUAUUCUGACCGUGAUUGAUUGCCUGUGUACAGGUUUUUUCUUCCUCUGACACCCCCUUCCCCUCGCUUUGGUUGUUCCCCCCCCCAACGUGUCCUCAGUUUGUGCAGGAAAGGAUACACCACUCCCGUGAAAUUGUAGAAUUGCCCCUUGUGGGACCAAGCCAGACUGUACACUUAGUCCUGCACUGUGAAGCGCAGUUGAGCAUUUGGCGGCCCUUGGCAUUGUUUUGUUUUUUUAAUGUCAUGGUGGCUUUUUUUUGUGCCAUUGGGUUUCCUAACAGAAUGAAAUGAAAAUAGAACGGAAUGGAAUGCGUGAUAUUCAGAUACUGCAUAUACACCUCGCUCGAUCACCAGCACCUCUGUUGUUUUGGCGACCUCUUAGUCAGUUCAUGGAAAUGUGUUGGAGGCUUUGGUUCAUUGAAACAUCGGAGACUUCACUGCAUGAUCGCAUCUGGGCGCCUCUCUUUAGAUGGCCUGUCCUGCUGGCCACCCUGCCUGGCUUGGCCGUACUUUGCAGCUUACAGAAACCGUCUGUUCUCUCUGCUCUCCCUGGAUUUCACCCGAGUUCAUAUUGAUUAUUCACUCUCUGAAUCUUUUUCUUUUUUUUUUUUUUUCUUUUUUUUUUGUUGGUGCUAGUGGUGCUGAUAAAAGCAGACACCACUA